AUGAGUAUCUUGCUGAGAGAGAAGCUCACGAUUGUGAAGAUUGAAAAAAAGCCAGACUCGCUCGCGAAGCGAGUAAACAAAGCUGACGUGAAAUACAUUUCCUUCGGCUUUACACAGCAGUUACACAACAAGCUUCCUAUUGGAUCGAUAAAUACGAUGGAAUCUACAUUGGAUAGAGAUGUCUUACUCAAACAGCAUUCUCUUGCAGAAGUAGAGCUGCUUCACGAUCCCCUCGAGGCAGGUGAGCCUCUUCCAGAAUUAGGAAUCUCGAGCUCGCAAUAUGCAGAGUCAAUCCAAUCCGAACCACCGAAAGAGACAAGUAAAGACUUGGCUAUUACCCCUUCGACCGUUCCAACAAAUCUGAAAGCAAUGCUUCCUUCUCUGCCGACAACAGACAAAAACAGAGCCACGUCUGAUUAUGGCGGAACACCCUUAGCUUCUUCUAUCGAUACUUCAACUCUCUCAACCCAAGGAGAUGCUCUCAACCCAGACUCGGCCCUCUCCAUACCAUCCACUGCGCCGCAGCUUGGGUUCCCUCUGAACGAAGUUUUGAGGAACAUACCCGAGCCAAAACUCACGAAAGCGGAAAAGAAGAAAAUUAAGUCUAUUCAAGAUCGCUGCAAAUCUCUAGAGCAGAAACUUGAAAAGAAGGAGCGGGAUCUGAAAGCAACCCAGCACGAGCGGAACAAGGCACGGAAGGAGACGAAAGAAGCAGAAGCCAAGCUUGCGGAAACUUACGUCCAACAUGCAAAAGUCACGAAGGAGACAAAAGCGGCUCUUGAAACGGAGUUCCACGGGAGAUACGAGAAACUCAGCCAGAGCAAAGGCACAAAUGAGGAGCUGGAAAGAGUCAAGCUUAAUAUGGAGAAGCUUCAGGAGAUCAUGGGUCAGCGUAAGGACAAGAACGGGGGCUUGAGACUUACGGUACAUACCUUGAAGGAGGAGCACCAAGUUCGAGAGAGAGAGUUAGACGAGGAAGUGGAAAGGUUGAGAUCAAAACUUGCCAAGGCAAUAGAGAGGAUUGAGACUGAGCUCUUGCCAGAGAUUAAGAGAUUGGAGGGAAAGGAUGGUGAAUGCGAGAAGCUACGGAGAAAGCUAGAGAAUAAGCCAAGAAUAACUCAAGACAAGAACAUCGGCCCGCAUCACGACCACAAUCAGUUGAUGGAGAAGAUUAAGGCACUCGAAAGGGAUCUAAAAAAUUCGAAGCUGGAGAAAGAAAGUAUGAAGCCGCUGCUUGACGUCGGGAUUGCUGUCCGCCUUCGUUUCUUGGAGCAAGCCAAAAACACUUAUCUGAACGAACAGAGAGGAGGUCUCAACCAGAUAACCAUCAGGGAAGGCAAUCAAGCAGCGCACAGCGCUAAUGGGACUGCCGAUGCUGCUCUUUUCACCAUGGGAGUUCUCAAGAACGAGAAUGCAUUGGCACCUGCCUUCGAGCGGGUUUACGCGAACAGAACACCAACUAGGAAAUGGGAUCGUCGGAGAGCUUCAGACUACCCUGGAAAGUUUGAGCGAGAUAUUAGGAAUUGGUAUCUAUUGGACCGGCUCGAGUGGUUAACUGUUGAGAUCGUGGAAUUUGAUCGGCUGAAGAGUGGAGGCAGAUUGACGCCUUUAUCUGAAGCUUUUCGUAGGCAAGGCCGAAACGAUGCCGAGGAUAAUUUUGAUGGUUGUGAUGACUUUGGCUGGAUUGCAUUGGCUGAUUCCGACCUUGACUUGAGCGAUGUCGAGUCGGAAGUAUAUUCAAUGUACAAGUUGGAUUUAGUUUAAGUAAUUUGGUUAGAGGAGUGUGAACAGCAUCGGGGUUUGGAUAGGGGGAAGAUCAAGCUAAGCGAUGAAUGUCUCGCAUCACCCCUGCAAAGACACAGGGAUGUAUCCCACUCUCAGAUAGCACAAUGAGUUUCAUUUUUGACGACAUCUUCCCG